UCGAUAUUCCUGCCGAAUUUUCCCCGAGUUGUCUCCUGACCUGCAGCUCAUCAUCUUAAUCACCAUCACAGCUGUGAUGAGAGACAAGAACCUCCUUCAAGAGCUCAGCCACAAAAUGGAAGAACUUUCUGAGCAAAAUGAUGGUUAUCAGCUGGAAACUGAGAGCCCAGACUUAAAAGACCUGUUCAGCACCUUGCAGCAUUCCCCAAGAUAUCAUCUCCUUCAGCUGGCAGAAGGAAUCACCUACGUCCUUGACGCUUUGCAUGAGUUAACGGAGGAUCAGCUGCUGCUGCUGCUGGAAUCCUUGGAAAGGAAGAUUGUGUCCCAACAGCUGAACCUGGUUGCAAACCUACUGAAACAUGACCUGGAAGAUCAGAUGCGGCAUUUCCACGUGGAUGCCAGGCUGCUCUCGUUCCCUCACGAGGAGGAGCAGAUGUUAACCAUUGCCCUGGUGGAGCUGAGUGGCGUCCAGCUCCAGGAAGAUGGAUCAGCUGUCCCUAGGGAUGAACCCUUUGAGGCUGUGGCAGCCCUGUUUGUGGCCUUGUAUGUCCUCAACCUCCUGAGUGGUUCCAAGUAGGAGGUACGUGGCCCUGCC